AUGGCUGAGCUCACUCGGCAUACGUCUAGAGUUUUGUAUAUGGCACAGAGUCCUGAUGGUUGUACCGUUGCUUCAGCGGCGGGAGAUGAGACUUUGAGGUUUUGGGAUGUUUUUGAAAGUCCAGAGACUGUCAAGAAAGCUGAUCGGAAAGCAGCUCAUGAGCCGUUUUCUUAUGUGAAUCGUCGUAUUCGUUGA